GCCCCGGUCGCGGAGCGCGGGCGCGGGGGGCGGAGCCCAGCGGAGACGAGGAAGGGGUCGCAGACGGGGAAGGGGUCGCAGCCGCGGCUCCCGCUCCUCGAGUUGGGGGUCCUCUCGGACGCUGCUACGGGGACGUGGUGUCCCCAGCGCGCGGGGCCGCGGUCUCCUGGAGACACGCUCAGCCGCGGCCAGAGACGACAUGAGUGCGGCGGGGCUGCUGGCUCCGGCUCCGGCCCCGGCUGGAGCGCCGCCGGCCCCGGAGUAUUACCCCGAGGAGGACGAAGAGUUGGAGAGCGCCGAGGACGAUGAGCGCAGCUGUCGGGGCCGAGAGUCGGACGAAGAUACUGAGGAUGCUAGUGAAACUGACCUGGCAAAGCAUGAUGAAGAAGACUAUGUAGAAAUGAAGGAACAGAUGUAUCAGGACAAACUGGCUUCUCUCAAGAGGCAGUUGCAACAACUACAGGAAGGUACAUUACAGGAAUAUCAGAAGAGAAUGAAAAAAUUAGAUCAGCAGUACAAAGAGAGGAUACGAAAUGCAGAACUCUUCCUCCAGCUGGAAACGGAACAAGUGGAAAGAAAUUACAUCAAAGAAAAGAAAGCGGCAGUGAAAGAAUUUGAAGACAAGAAAGUUGAGCUGAAAGAGAACCUGAUUGCUGAGUUGGAAGAAAAGAAGAAAAUGAUUGAAAAUGAAAAGCUAACAAUGGAACUGACUGGAGAUUCUAUGGAAGUGAAGCCUAUCAUGACCAGAAAGUUGCGGAGGCGGCCAAACGAUCCUGUCCCCAUCCCAGACAAGAGAAGGAAACCUGCUCCUGCCCAGCUAAACUAUUUGUUAACAGAUGAACAGAUCAUGGAGGAUCUGAGAACAUUAAAUAAGCUUAAGUCACCCAAGAGACCAGCAUCCCCGUCCUCUCCUGAACACUUGCCUGCCACACCUGCAGAGUCUCCAGCCCAGAGGUUCGAAGCUCGGAUAGAAGAUGGCAAACUGUACUACGAUAAAAGAUGGUACCACAAGAGCCAAGCCAUCUAUCUGGAGUCAAAGGACAACCAGAAACUGAGCUGUGUGAUUAGCUCGGUCGGAGCCAAUGAGAUCUGGGUGAGGAAGACAAGUGACAGCACCAAGAUGAGGAUCUACUUGGGCCAGCUUCAGCGUGGGCUCUUUGUGAUCCGCCGGCGGUCAGCAGCUUGACUUUCCACAGUGUUCUUCUUCUCGUGACCCUUUUCCUGGAGUGGUUUUUAUUUUUGUUUUGUUUUCUUUUUGAUAGAAAAUUUUUAACUUACUGGGAAUGGCUACGUGGCCUUGGAAAUGGAGAACACUGUCCUGGAUUUCUCAAGGCACUUUUGUGGCCAACCACUUUCAUCUUUGUGUCAAUCUUUUAUGCCUUGACUUCUUCCAGACCUCAGUGACCACAGGACUGUUUUACUUUCAGGAGUAUUGGGAGUUUGAUUUACUUUCCUUUUAUUUCUUUAUUUUUUGGUUAUACUUUGUCUCCUUUUUUUUUUUUUUAAAGACUGCUUGGAGUUUGAAGGGGCAGCUCUUUUUAUUAAUUAUCUUUCGGUCUUUCUGCCAUGGAGAAGAACAGGAAGGGAUGCACUCCACAGGGCAUUUUCAUGAUUUGAAUCUGAUUAGUGGAUCACGUAGCUGCUUCCCUUGUUGAGCCCGAUUCACUGUUUCCCCAGAAGCCUGGGGCAGAGGUCCUAGCAGAAGGAGAUUAAUUCUCCUGGCUCUCAGCCUUCUCGGAGAAGUAAAUGCCUUGUGUAACAUCUGGCAUAUGCCAUCCAUUCCGCUGGCUGAAUGAUGGAAAAAUUUGCCUGGGAGACUGUGUGCACUGAAGUAAAUGGGGGGGGAGAACUUUCUUGUUCAUAGUGUGUUAAAGUUAACAUAUUUUAAAUGUUAUUUAAUGCAAGUGAUUUAUUCAGACACAUCUGUCCUAGCUCAAGCUGGAACAAGAAGUGGUCAUUUCAGAAGUUUUCAUUUGUAAUUCCUUUCUUUCCCCUGUUCCCAAGUAAAUAGAAGUGGUGUGGGCCACAGGCUGAUGAUCUGGGUAAUCGCUUGUAGGUAGGGAGGUGAGAUUGAUAGUGCAAUAAUCAGUGAUCUGUAGACUCUCAUACAUAAUUCACGUUUCACUCUCAUUGCUGAUGCCAUUACCACACAUUGGCCCUUCCAAACCUGUGGAACCUCAUUGUCAGGCGAUGGGCACCCACAGCCUCCCGGGAGAUCAGGCCCAGGUGAAAGAUAAGGAAAGCUCUGUUGUAGCUGCCACUGGACCUGCACUGUCCCUAAUGGGUCCCGAUGAAACAGCCUUCCCUACGUUCCCUGUUCCCUCCCCUCAUUCCCGUUUGUGGAGAAGAGAUUCACUGGGUGAUAGGUGAUGAGGUUUCUGUACUCCAGUGGCCAUCUUGAGAUGCUUAAAGAAAUUGCGGUUAGAGCAACUGUUGGCGUAUCUGUGGGCAACUAGUAGACCUCACACAGCCCAGGGAGUGUCUGUAAGUAAUUCCCUUGGUCUCAGGUGGUUCUCUUUUUGUUGUCUCUUGACGUACAUACCCCAAAGUAAGUUGGGGUGCUGCAGUUUCAAAUCACCUUCUCCUAAUUUCUGGCUUCCACAGAGACCAAACCUUACCGACUCAGAGUAAAGACUUAUACAGAUAGAUUUUUGUUUUAACUUAUAAUCCCUUUUUUCCUCUCUUUUUUUUUUUUUCUGGUGUUGAAGUCUUAUUUAGAAAACAGGAUAAAUGAUGCUAUUGUCAAAAGUUGCCUGGGCAUUCUGUAUUUCUUUUCUGCCCUCGGAUCCCCCGGUAUUGCAAUAUUUACUGCAUUGAACCAAGCCCACAGUAAACAGACUUCACCUUUUAUUUGUCCCUGAUGGCCUUUGCAGUAAGGGAGGACUUCUCUAGCUGGAAUCGUCACUGUGGUGUAUGUAAUAUCGUAUAUGAGGCAGUGGUCAGUUGUCAUCUAGUGCCCUGGGAUGGGAAUUAAUUUACAUACAUUUAGUAUGUUUCACUAUGGGAAGGUGGGCUUUUUUUUUUUUAAAUCAUCUUUGUCCUCCUAACAGUAUACCAAAGUUUGUUCUUGUUGUAAAGGAUUGUAUCGAUAACUGCUGGGGGUUCCGCAUUAAAGCAGCAACCAGUUGCCUUCCCCCCGCCCCCUGCCCCCCCCACCUUGUCUGGUGGCACCUUUGUGCUUCUGUGAAGUAACUAUUCAUUUGAAGACCAGGGAAUGAGCACUUUUGCUUUCUCUGUGACUUUUGAGGUAUUUGAGGCUGUACCUAGCCAUGGUCUUGACCCCCACCCCACCACUGCCUUCUGCUCAGUGUCCUCAUAACCCUUAAUCAUGGCCUAGUGGAAAUCAGGGAAAAUGUGAAGUAGACUCGAGACACAGCGUAAUAAAUUACAUUCCUAUUCCCAGAAGAAUUAAUUGAUGAGUCACUCCAGAAGUGGAAAAUCAUCAGCAGUUGAACCCUUCGGACAGGCCUUUGCGGUGACCAGGGGCAGAAGGAGCCCUCUUGUCUGUGAUGGACAGGAGCCUAACUAAAGGGGGAGACAGACUUGGAGGUUCCCAGAGUAAGAGGGGGCUGCCUGUAGCCUGGCUGGCCAUUCUUAUUCCCAAAGGUCUUUGUCUCUCACUAGACCCCAGGGCACCUGAUGAAUUUCCCAGUUCAAACUAUUUCCUGAAAGCGAUACUUUGAAAAACGUUUGGUCCAGAUCCAGGGGCUGAUCUACAAAUGAAGCUGUAUGUGUGUUUUUUGCCUCAGGCAUUAUGUAAAGUAUUUUCUGUGGAUGUGUCCCACUAUUUAUUUUACCUCUGGGGGUUUUCGCGUGCCCCCUUCCCCACCCCUUCUCUCCAAGCCAGUGCCCUUUUCAACAAUUUCCACAUGGAUUUUUGUAGCCAUACCAAAGCCAAGAAGUUCUCAUUUGAAUACCAGUAUUUAUGGAUAUCUGACUACCUAACUUAAUUUUUCUUUUUAAACUUCUAACUGGGGCCAGUGUAAGAUCCCAGAGGCUGAUCUGCAAAUCAGGCUACAUGUAUUUGUGUACAAGACCCUGUGUUCAGGACUUAGUGGCUUUUCUAAGAGAAAUAUGGUGGGUGGGUCAGGGUUGAUUGCAUUUUUUACCUAAUUCUUGGGGGUAGGGUAUCCUAUUUUUAUGGUAUUUUUCAUUUUGUUUUAACAUUUCCUUUUAGCCUUGAAUUUUUACUAAAUAAUUUCCUCUGGAUUCAAAAAUUCUUUCUCAUCUGAGAAUUUGACAUCUUGGUACUUAGAUGUUACACCAGUUUUUCCAAAGAGUUCAAACCACUUUAGUAUCAGAACGUGGUAAAUUUGCAGCCAUUUCAAACAGCUGGUGGGCGUUUUGUAUAUCAUUAACUGGUACCAUUAAAUGUUCUGAGAGGUGAAUGUAAAAUGUAAAAAGUAUAGGUUUUUUUUUUUAAUAACAAUAAACUUUCAAAGAGAAAACCA